AUGACAACAAGGAAUCGCCAACAGGCCAACGUUGAAAGCGACAAGGGCAAAGACGAUCAAGGUCCGCCUGCAAAGAAGAUGCGCCCCACUGCCAUAGUACAGAGCAUCAAAUUGGUCGAGAAGAACAUCGAUCAGGCAGAGGCUGAUGUGAAUAGAUGUGAGGAGUCAAAUGAAUCCGGUGCCGUGCAUAUUGGGAAAUCGCCAAAAGCAAUGGAAGGAGACGGGUCAAAUGAGGUGAAAGACUGUGAUGGGGAAAACAGCUCACUCGCACCUGUAACUGCAAUGAAUAGUUCUACAGAUGCCAAAAGAAAGAAGGAAUCUGGUAGGAAAGGGGCGACACAGACGACUACCACUGUGAGGUCAGUGAUUCCUAACCCAACGAAGCAACUGGUGGAUCUGCAGGAAGUGGAGCAAUAUACUGAGGAUAUGAAAGUGCGGAUUGAAAAACUAUCCACAUAUGUGAAUGCAAAGGCUGGUGUGUACGCCUUGGGUAGCUUGCUUCCAAAUGCAACAUGGGGACCAUACAAAGCCAUCAGAGACCAUAGCAAAGUGGUAUGCGAUCCUAUGACGGGAGAACCUCUGAUGGUCUGGAUUGUGGGUCACAUUGCUAGAUUAUGGUUCAUGAAGCAAGACCGGCCAGACAAUCAAGCGUCGAUCACUGUGAUUCCAUUGUCUCAGGCGUUGGCACAACAAAGUGCAGCAGUGCUAGUGAGAUUGAGUAAUCCGCAGAUAAUUGUGGAAGGUAGGGAGGUACGCAACAUACGGGCCGUCAAGUGGCAAAGCACAAAAGAGAAUGGAAAGGCCAGUGAGCCUGUGCUUUUCGAUGACGUGUAUGACGUGAGGAACGUCAGUUCAUUGAAAAGUUACGAUGAACGACCAUUGUGGCAAGUGCAAGACCUCAAGAAGGGUGACCUCGUCUUGCUAGAAGCGAAAAUCACAAAGUAUUCGAUGAAGAAUGAUAACGGGAAGUGGUUUUCAAGGGCGCAAUAUGAGAUGAUUGCAAUCUCAUUGCUGAAUAUGAGCGAAAUCUGGGAAAUCGAAGAGAAAAAACAGGAGAUAGAGGGACUUAGUAUCUAG